UGUAAAUUCAUUCCAUUCCGUAUAUGUUUGUGUGUUCUUCAAUCUUGAAAAACUUAUAGAUAGGAUUGAUUAUAACUCGUGUGAUUUUGCACCCUCUCAACAGAAGUUCUAUCAUGAGUUUAAAAGUUUACGGUUAAAGAGAAAAAAUAGGCCUAGUGAUUGUUACUCUGCCCUGUUAUGACUUCUGCAGAGUUGUUUCCAUGAAGGGACAACUAAGCAUGCUUCCUUCUUGAAACUAUGCAACUGCCCUGGGAGCUCUCAGACCCGCCAUGGAAAACCGUGGUAGAGUCGUGCCAGGGGGCACCGCUCGCAGUCCAGAAUCUGCUCUGGCAUCGGAACUGUUCGAUCAGUUUGUCUCUGCUGGGACCUUCAAAUCUGUGUUGGCUACCUACCGCCAGAUUUGCGAGGUUCUGCGUCUCAAGCCCACGAACUUUACGAACUUUUACCCACGCCUAAAGGCCAAACUACCUUCAUGGAGGGCAGCUUCUCUGUGGGCCAAACUAGAUAAGAGGGCAAGUCAUAAGUGCUAUAACAGAGGAAAAGCUUGUCCCAACACCAGGGUUCUUAUUAUUGGUGCUGGACCAUGUGGCUUAAGGGCAGCUAUAGAAGCUCAACUCUUAGGAGCUAAAGUUGUUCUGGUUGAAAAAAGAGAUAGGUUUUCAAGGAACAAUGUUCUUCAUUUGUGGCCCUUUGUUAUACAUGAUUUGCGUAGUCUGGGGGCUAAAAAGUUUUUUGGUAAAUUUUGUGCUGGUUCAAUCGACCAUAUUAGUAUACGUCAGUUGCAAAUAAUUCUUUUAAAAGUAGCUCUCCUUUUGGGAGUGGAAGUUCAUGAAAAUGUUGGCUUUGAAAGUCUAAUAGAACCUCUUGAAGAUCAAACAAAUGAAAGAGUUGGCUGGCAUGCAAGAGUUUCACCACCUGACCAUCCUGUUUCCUUGUAUGAAUUUGACGUCCUCAUUGGUGCUGAUGGCAAAAGAAAUACUCUAUUAGGCUUUAAUCGGAAGGAAUUUCGAGGGAAGCUAGCCAUUGCAGUGACUGCUAAUUUCAUCAAUAGGCAUACAAUUGAAGAAGCCAGAGUGCCAGAAAUCAGUGGUGUUGCAUUUAUUUUUAACCAAAAAUUUUUUCAGGAUAUGCGAGAACAAACAGCAAUAGACCUUGAAAACAUUGUUUAUUAUAAAGAUGACACUCAUUAUUUUGUAAUGACAGCCAAAAAACAGAGCUUACUUGAAAGAGGUGUUAUAAUUAGGGAUUAUAAUGAUACAGCAAGACUGCUUGCUCCUGAAAAUGUUGACAGAGAAGCUCUCAUGGAAUAUGCUAGAGAUGCUGCUGAUUUUGCCACUAAUUAUCAGCUUCCGAGCCUCGAUUUUGCUGUCAACCACUAUGGGCAGGCAGAUGUUGCCAUGUUUGACUUCACUUCCAUGUAUGCUGCAGAAAAUGCAUGUAGAGUUGUUGAAAGAAGAGGACAUAAACUUUUGCAAGGACUUGUUGGAGAUAGUCUCUUAGAGCCUUUUUGGCCAACUGGUUCUGGAUGCGCCAGAGGCUUUUUAAGUUCCUUUGAUUCUGCUUGGAUGAUUCGAAGCUGGGCAUCUGGCAGAUUGUCUACAUUACAAGUACUUGCAGAAAGAGAAUCUAUUUAUCGCUUGCUUGCUCAAACUACACCUGAAAAUCUCAGUAAAGAUUUGAACCAGUAUACAGUUAACCCGUCGACCCGUUAUCCCAACCUCAACUUGCAAGCAGUUCUUCCCUCCCAAGUAAGAUCUUUAUUUGAUACUGAUGGGAAAGUGGAAGAAAAUAUUGAUGUCGCAGCUGAAGUUCCUAAAAAGAAGAGAAGAAAAGAAUCUAUGAUUCAUCCUGAUACAUUGCUCAACUGGUGCCGUAAACAGGUAGCUUUAAGUAACAAAAUAAAAAUUCAAGAUUUUACAACAUCCUGGAAAGAUGGCCUAGCAUUAUGUGCAAUUUUGCAUCGUUAUAGACCUGACCUAAUUGAUUUAUCUGCAUUGGAUCCUGAAAAUAUUGCAAAAAAUAAUCAACUGGCCUUUGAUAUAUGUGAACGAGAACUUGGUAUCCCCCCUAUAAUGACAGGACAGGAAAUGGCAGAGUGUGAUGUCCCCGACAAGCUUACCAUGGUGUCUUAUAUUUCACAAGUGUACGAAAGUUUUCGGGGAGAAAUUCCUUUCGUACUCUCUAAAGCAGUUCCAACAGAAGAAAGAACAGUUAGUCCAAGCAGGCAGCUUCACAGUACACCUUUAUCUAUUCUUAAUCGAAUUAGCAGUAAACUCCAAAACAAAAGAAAAUACUCUAUUGAGAAGGAACUAUCUAAAGAAAAAGAAAGAGGAGAAAAUGUUAAGAGACGCAGUAAUGCUUUUCUAACCCAUAAGAGAAGAUCUAGAGAAAGAGGAGUAGCACUGGAAAUGAAUAACCAGGAUGUUCUUUUAACAGAGUACAAAUCUACAGAAUUAAAUAAACCCAGAGAGUCUAUAAAUACAAGAGUGAAAAAUUUAGAAGACAAAAUGAAACGUGACGCUGGUCUAAGGUGUCAUGCAUCCGAAGAGUCCGAUAGUGUGAAAGCUGCUCGUGUUCGAUCUGAACAGACAGAGUUGAGCAUCAAGUUGUUGCAAGAACGACUCCAGAAAAAUGGAAGUGAUGCAAAUGUGAAGAAAUGUAGGACGCCAAAAGUUGGGAAAUUGCGAAAAGAUGAGUGGAAUGUUAAAAUUAUUGAAGAGAAAAUCAAACAGCAACAGAAUUCUCAUGUAAAACAUCCUUCUUCUGCAGAAAAACCAAAAAUUUUGAAAGAUAUUUUUGUCAGCAAACUCCAGCAAAUGGAUGAAAAGUUGAAAGCUGGUGGAUCUUUAACACCUGAGGAAAAAGCAAGGUAUAAAAAGUUUGAUGACUCCCUUCACAAACUAAAAGAUAGGCUUUCAAAAGGCAACUUGAAUACUGGAGAACGAGGUCAAAAUCAGACUGCUGCUAUGACAAACCACAUGGCUAAGAUAUGGGACAAGAAAGCAGGCAGAAGGAAGGAUCCCAUACCUCCAGCACCAGUUUUCAAAGUGACAGUUGAGACAGAUUCUUCAUCUACAAGUGCUGGAAGUGAAAUUUGCUAUUUUUGCAAGAAACGUGUUUACUUGAUGGAACGUCUGAGUGCUGAAGGCCUCUUUUUUCAUAGAAGUUGCUUUAAAUGUGAAUACUGCAGUGCCUCCUUAAGACUCGGAAAUUAUUCCUUUGACAGAGAUGCUAUUUGUGGAGGAAAAUUUUACUGCACUCCACAUUUUCGAAUGCAGAAACCCGAUCACAGGUGGCAAGAAAUGAUGAAGAGAAAGCAAGCAUUCUUAUCCUGUGCCUUACAAGAACAAGAAAAAGAAAAGUUAUACAAAACUCUGUUAGAUAAUACGGAAAAAGCUCUUUCUCCUCAGAGACAAGCAGACGGUUCCUCUCCGGCCAAGAGUUCAUUGGAUGCUGUAGAUCACGACAAUAAAAUCAUGACUACACCCAAUCUGUUGGCCGAACCUUCUCCUCCUUUUGGUCGUGACCAGACUCCUGAAAGAGUGGAGUAUGAAAACAGCAUUAUAGAGCUGUCAGAAGAGGAGUUAUUAACUAGUGAGUUGGAAGAAGAAGAGUUGACCCAAAAAAAUUUGGGUCCCUGUCAAGAUUUGGCUACGAGUGAAGAUGAAUAUUCUGAUUUAAGUACCGACACUGAAUCUGACGAAGAAGCAUUUGCAGAAGAAUUGGAACGCUCAUUAACUGCUGAUGAAACACGAAAAUUGGCAGAGACUUGGAAUCGAAAAUACUCUGUUGAACAAUCCCUUAUUGAUAGCAUUUCAUCGUCCUCUGCUGAUGAUGAAGAAUCAGAUACAGAAAUUGGUACUGAUGAUACCAGCGAUGAUGUUGAUAGUGAUGCUGAAUAUAGUAUAGAAAAUAGUGAAGAAGAUGGUGUUAAGAAUGAACUGGAAAAUCAAGAUACCCAAAUAUCAUCUGAUGCUAAAGAGUGCUUCACUAUGGAAGUACCAGUUAUUGAUUUGAAAUCUAUGAAUAAAGUGUCUGAAGAUGAAACAACUUCAGAAUCUGAUAUUUCUGAAGACUUAACUGAUAGUGAAGAGGGCAUAGAGAGUGAGACAGGAACUGAAGUAGAUUCAGAAUCUGAAUCUAAACCCUCAAUUCCACCAUUAAUACCUACAAUUGUCAUUCAUGAAUCGCCACCACAAGAUGUAGAUCUAGACCAGGAAUGGAAUGACAAUGCCUGUCCUUCCAAAGUAGAUGCGAAAAAAACUGACGAAACUGUAAUAACUCCAUCUGAAGCUUCUGUUUUGGAAAUGGAUAAAAGUAGCGCUGAGAAAGUCAUGCACACAUCGGAUAAGCUUGAUUCAGCGCCUGCUCUGCUCGAUUCUAAUGAAGAUGGUAAGUUCAACAUCGUUGAAAAUGCAGAUAAGGAUAUAGAUUCUUUUUGCUUUAGGAAGGAAAAUGAAUUGUUCAAAGAGUUUGAACAACUAGAAAGUGUUGUUCAGUCUACUGCCCCACUUGCAGUUGAAGAAAGCUCAUCUGAUUUAAGUAUUUCUUCAGGAAUUAAUUCUCUUGCGAAGGAAAUAGUUUCUGAUGUUAUGAAAGCUGCCAAAAAUUCUGUGAUGGAGCGUGAAAUUUCCGUGUCAGUAUCAAAUGUUGUCGUGCAAGACAAAGUUGCUGAUUUUUCGGAUUCGACUCCGAAUUCAGUAAGUACUUCUUCUGCCAGUGAGUCAGAAAAGUGGCUGAGACUUAAAUCUACGCCCUCAUCUGAAGAAGCAAAAGUUGAAUUAAUUGAUCUUUGCACUCCUGAAAAACCAAGUACAUCCAAGUUGCUUAACCUUCAAUCAGAAACUGAAAUAGAAAUUAUUGAUUUGUGCUCUCCAGCAAGCACUGUACCUUUAAUGAGUAAACAGGAUGAUUCAUUGUGUUUUGAUCUUGAAAAAGAAAUUCAAAAUGGUAACUCAUCUCAAUUCAUAGAAACACUUCUCUCGAAAGACAGAGAUUCAUUGUCAAAUUCAGUAAUUCUUGAUUGUGUAAAUGUAAGCAAUAAAACAAUUGAACUUGAUAAUACUGUAAACAUUGAAAAUGUAGAAGAUAGCAGUGUCCUCCCUUGCAAUAACUCUUUAAAUAGCACAGUUUCAUCAACAUACGAAGAGUGUGUAGAUGAAUCACCACAGGAUGUUGAGUUUGAUACUACAUUUGUUACCUUAAGAAAGAAAAAGAGACAUUCUAGUGAUAGUGAUGUUUUUAACUGGGAAAGUGAUAAAAGCAUAUCUCUGCCUUGGAGUUUUAUCCAAGAAGACAGCAUAAAUGUAGAUGAUGAUGAUGUUUCUAAGGAUGGAAUUUAUCAUGCAAAUGUUGUGCAAGCUGUAGAAUCAUGUUCUAAACAUAAAGAUGUCUCACCUGAGCAAAUCAUCCUCCCUGGCACAGCAAACUUGCCCAAUGAGCUUUCUCAGUCUUGUGGUACCACAUUACCUCGAAUUUCAAAAUCCAAAAUUGCUCUGUCUAAGCAGGAUUCAAUAGAUGAUUUGGGGAACUUACUGCAUGAAAAAUCUUUUCAUGCAUCAGAGCCUUGUUUUUCUGACUUACUUAACGAUGCCAAAUUAAACAAGUUGGUGCCAAAAAAUGAAGUGCUUCCCGAAGAGUCUAAUGUGAAGGAUAGUUGUGUUUCGGAAGAUACUUUGCAUAGCGAUAUUGUAGUCCCAAAUGACAGAAAUACUGAUCAUAAUUCUGUGAAUAAUAUGUCAAAUUCAGUCAUGUCCACUUCUUUAAAUGAAUCUAGGUCUGAGAGUACGCCAGAAAGCAGCCCCAAAGACGGUUUAAAAUAUAAAGGGUACAGUGGCAGCUUUGCAGAGAAAAUACGUCCGAAAAGUCUUUUUUGUGAUACAAUCUAUCUGCGCUCCUUGGAUAUUAAGCUUCAGAAACAACCAUUCUCAUCUUUGAAUAAAAGUGAUGACAAGUUAGACGAUUGCAGUAAAACAGAGUACAAUGAUAAAAUUAGAAAAAAAUUAUUUGAUGAUAAUAAGAAAAGUAAUGAAUUAAUAUCGAAGUCAAGUGCUGCAUUUAAUGAAACAGAAAAAAAUGAUUUCAAUUCAAGUGCCAUCCAAAAAGCCUGCUUGAAAAGUAAUCUUGCAUCAAGUGAAUUUUCGCAGAAGAUACUGAAUUCUGGUGCGGGGAAACUUAAGAGUUCUGGUCAUAAGCACUCUUCUGUUUCAUUUUCAGCCCCAGAAUCUCAUUGUGAUUUAGUCUCGCCUUAUACUUGUGCACAAAUUAAGCCCUCUGAGGAAUCUAGCUUCCCUACCAAAAUGAAACCUAAAUGUGAUAUGGAUAUUAACAAGCUCAGACAGAAAAGGGAGAAAAGAAAAAGUGUUCAUGAAGACAUACAAGGCCUUCCUUUCGCUGACGAAGAAAAAGUUGUCUCUCCCGUUGAUCCGCUUGGUUCCUCUGAUGUUUUUUAUACACCAAAAGGCACAUUCCAGGCAAAAGGACAGAGCAAUGUGAGUUCAUCUGAAGACGUUUUUCUUACUCCAGUUGGGAAAAUGCCGGAUUUGAUAGAUGAAGAAAGAUAUUUGCGCUUACAGAGCACGGCUGAGCAGGAAAAAGCUCGGCAAGAAGCUAGAGCACGAGCUAGACUAAAAAGUGACGAAGAACUAGGACUUAGUCCGAACAAUUACAGGAAAAAAUAUCGACGGCAGCUUUCUUUGAAUUCUAUUAACUAUGAUGAGCUUUGUAGUGAUGAGUUUUGUGAUCAAGAUGAAGAAUUAGAAGAUGAUGUUAUUAAUAGUUUUUGUCAGAAAAAGAACUCUGGGAUCGAAGAAACUUUUACCAUGUUUAGAAACUCAGAUCUAUGUUUUAAGGCUAAAACAUCUGACCCACCUGUAAAUUCUAGUCAAUUAUUACAACAGAAAGAUGCUGAAAUUUUACCAGUUUCCUGUGAUUUAUCUCCUUCAAACAUUUCACCAUUUUUAGCUAACGUAUCAGAAACAUCUGAUUCAUUAGAUGUAAAUGCUCAACAAAAUGUUGUCAAAGAUUGCAACCUCAAGCAGGCAUCAAAACAUUCCAGCAAAAACAGUUCAUCUGAAACUAGUCCAGAAGUAUUUUCUUCAGAUGCAUCACCUUUUGAUUCAAAAUACCACAAAGGGAAAAUGAAAAGCGGAAGAUCCGAAAGUUGCGGCGAUGAUGAUAAAUCGAAAUCUAAUGGCAAAAAAUCUAUAUUCUCCAUCUUGAAUUUUGGAAAAGGUAACGUGUCAAAAGAAAAAGUGAAACAGAAAUCAGGCAAAGAUCUUUCUUCUUCACUUCCGAAUGAUAUUGAUUCCAGAACUACCUCGAGGUCCAAACCUUUCUCUCAUUUGAAACUCGCCAAAUCGAAGGAAAAAAUUCCCAAGCCCAAAGCUAGAUCGGCACCUCCCGAAGACGCCUCUGUAACACCUCCUGUGGAAGCUUCUUCAGCCAUGGAAGAAUUUUUGUCUCUCUCUGUAAAUACUCCUGCAACCAAAAUUAUUCCCAAAUAUACUGUGUAUAGAAAUCCAGAAACAAUGAUUUCUACUUUCCCUGUUCAUUUACCUGUUCCAAAAUUAGAAAAUGGACUUGCUCCUAAAGCAUCUGAAGACAGUUUUAGUGAUGAAGAUGAUACUCAAGGUAGUAAAGCUGGUCACAUUCCAUGCCUUGAUAAAAAUGAAAAAAAUUCUAAUGAAAAAGAGAAAAAGGCUCAAAGAAUUGUUCAGAAAGUUCAGAAGCAGCAAGUGCUGAAGCGUCUACGCAAUGCUCAAGAGAUACAGCGUAGACUGGAAGAACUUGAGAUCCAACAAAAGGAAUUAGAACAACAAGGGGUUGAGAUUGAAAAAAUACACAGGGGAGAGAGACACAGAGAUGGCAGCAAAGGAGAAGCUGAGCUGAUGCAGGAAUGGUACACUCUCAUCCAUUCAAAAAACAAAAUAGUGAGAGAAGAGCAGGAACUAAUGAUUCGGUUAAAAGAUCUGGAAUUAGAAGAUCGACAUAGCAAACUACAGCAAGAUAUGCGAGAAAGAAUGGCUCAUAGUUCUCAAAAAGAUCCAACUCAAAUUAUGGAGGAAGGUAGAAUAUUGGCCGAAAUGUUAGAAAUUGUCGAGAAACGAGAUGAACUUGUUGCUAUGCUAGAACAACUUAGGCUCAGGGAAGUGGAAGAAGAAAAGAACUUAAAUUCAGAGGUUUUCUCGAAAGGAAUGAAGUCUCCUUUAUCACCAAGUGAAAAAAGCUGAAAACAAAAAAACUCUAGUUGUCAUUGUGUACUACUUUUGUGAGAGCUUCUGUGCAACUGCUUACUCUAUAACACUUACAGAAUAGCAACUGCUUGUCAAGAAGCAAGAGAGAUUAUAUUUUAUGAAGAGAAUUCCGGACUAUUGGACUAAUGCUCGAUACAAGGUGAACAAAGAAAUUGCAUUCAGUUAUUCAUUCCUAUUAAUUGUAGAAAGUGUGUCAUUAGAACAUUAAGUGCAUUGAAAGCCUUUGCACCGGCCAAGUUUAUAUUUUUAACAUGCCUAAUAUGUUUAAACCGCAGUGCCGUAGGAAAGUAGCGUGACCGUAGGGAUGUUUUCUCAAACAGUUGUAUUGUUAUUUAAUGAACUAAUAUAUUUCCCUUUACCUCUAACUUAUAAGGGCCAUUAUACGAAAGAGCCGUCAUAGUUCAUCUAUUUCAUCAAAAAAUAAUAGUUUUAAAAGGUGAUAAGGUAAUGAACAAAAUAUAACAAUAAUUUCUCAAGCUACAAAAUUUUGUUCAUUACCCUUUUAAAUUAUUACUUUUAGUAAAAUAUGUGAGCUGCACAUGCAGAAUAAAAUGUGUUUUUCCGUGGAAUGGCCCAAAGUAUCGAAACUAUAAGUUGAUUUGGGUUUUUAUCGAGUCUUUACAAAAUAAAUAUAGAAUUUUUAUGAUAAAUAUAAGAAAUAUUUAAAUGCAAUUUAAAAUACAUAUUCUUGAAACACUUCAUAGAUUGUUGCAGCCAUUACCUAGAAUAAUUUCAUAAUUUUAUCAAUAUUUUGUAAUUUUUUCUAUGCACAGUAUAGAACUAUUUGAUACGCACCAAAUUUUAUAAUUCUAUACCUAUAAAAUAAGUAGAAUUUCUCCUUUGUUUCUGUUGUAUUUUGAUUUUUACAAUGAUAUUAUUUCAUUUGUUACCAAGAUUCAAAACAAUCAUGUAGAAUUCUAUACAUAAACUGAAUGUUUAAAGCUCAAAUAUUUUUUAUACAGUCAUUAAAAUUUAGCCAAAUGUUACAUAAAUAAUGUUUUCAGAAGUACAUUUUAUGAGUUUCACUAACUGCUUAAUUUUCUAGUCUAUAACCUGCAUUCGAAUAAUGUUCAGUACUAAAAUAUUUUGUUAAAUGAUGUGCUAAGAUGGUUUAAUUUCUAUUUACUAAUCAACUUGUCAUUCCAGAACAUUCUCCCACAAUUACGAAAUUAAUAUAUUAUCCAUCCAUAUUAUUUCAUUGUUGUGCAUCAGUUUCAUCACCAGUGCAUCUUGAUCAAUUGAGUUAUAUUUUAACUACCUACAUUUAGUACAACCAUAACAGAAUUUGUCAAUCUUUCUUUUUCUAAUUUAGCAUAAGAAAAAGAGCAAUUACAAGUUUUGAAUAGUGAAAUAUAUUGAUUCUAUUAUUUGAGAUUGUUCCACUUCAAUUACAGUAAAACCUCUCGGAAGCGACAACCUCUAAUUCCUGUAAAAAUCAGCCUUUAAAGAAGGUGAACUGGUUAUUGGAAGUUGCUUUAAACUUGUUAAUAUCAUUCGACACAUGCUUUAAGUUAAAAAGCAAAGAAUUUAA